AUGCCUUUACAGCAGAUCCCAAGACCACCUCCUCAUUUACCUCAAAGGCUUAAAAAGAAAGCCGAGGAUGGGAAAUUUAAGAAGAUCAUCACCAUGCUGAGACAGCUGUCAGUAAACAUACCAUUGGUGGAAGUCCUAGAGCAGAUGUCAGGAUAUGCCAAGUACAUGAAAGACUUGGUUACCAAGAAGAGAGUUAAGAAAGAGGAUUCAGGUGCAUUCAUCAUACCAUGCACCAUUGGGUCAAUCAAAUUUGCAAAGGGCUUGUGUGAUUUAAGGGAAAAUAUAAGCAUGAUGUCGCUAGCCAUCUACAAGCAACUGGGGUUAGGAGUUCCAAAACCCACAACAAUAAAGUUGACGAUGGCAGAUAGGUUUGUGAAGCAGCAUGUGGGCAUCCUAUAUGAUGUGCUCGUAAAGGUGGACACAUUCAUCUUUCCGGCAGACUUCGUGAUCUUGGAUUGCAAAGUGGAUUUUGAGGUUCCCAUUAUUUUGGGAAUACCAUUUCUGGCCACAGGACGAGCAUUGGUAGAUGUUGAGAGAGGAGAACUGCAGUUCAGACUCAACAAAGAAGAGGUAAAGUUUAAUAUUUGCAGGUCAAUGAAAUACCCACAUAACAUGAAUGUGGUGUCUACAAUAGAGGUUUUUGAUGAAGAAGAAAUGGGAGUAACCAUUGAGGAGAGGUUGGCUGUUGAAACCUUAGUUGUCGUGCUGAUGAAUAUUGAAGCUGAUUUCUGCUCUGACUAUGUAGAGACCAUGAAUGCGUUGUAA